AACAUACAACAUUAGCUAAAGUGGCGUUUGUUGAUAUCUUAACUUUACAGAGGGGGACGUACUGCCAAGUUUUAUCAUAUUUUUUCUGUCUUUAAGGUUUUUAAAGACCCCGUAGUAAUAGUAACACCGUGGAUUUAAAUUUUUGACUCACAAACUUCUGUCGUUUUUUCAUUUUAUUGACUUAUUAGACUGCUAACUUGGCGGUUCGUCGCUGGUUUAGAUUAUUACAAGUGUUUGCCAAACCUGAAGACUGAUAUUUACCUGGAGAUGUCCACCAUUGGUAGUACAGGAGAUGUUUUACAGCAGGUUAAUCAGUUUUGGUCCAUGUUGGAUGACCUUUCUGAAUACGACCCUGUAUCCUACCACAAAUUCAUCGAGAAACAGAUGAAGGAAGGAGCUGAAUCCACUUCACCCCCGAAACUCGACUCCUGUAUACGGACCAACUUAGAGGUAAAAUAAGCAGGUUAAAACUGAAACAACAGGCAACAGAUUUUCAUACCUGUGACAGGAAAAUAAAGCAAAGUUAUGACUCAAGAUUUCCAGUUUUAUCAAGAUACCAUGAGGGAAAUGUGUAUCAAACUCUUAAAAAGAUGGGACAAAGACAUUAAAAACAAUGAGUCACAGAAUUAGGAAUAACACCUGCCUGCCCAUGGCAACAACACAGAAUUACUGCAGCUGUUUGGAGAGAGAGAAACAAUGAAGUCACACCUCUUUUUCAUCUGCACUCAACAUCAGUAUCCGGCUGAUCUGCAAAUGAAUAAAAAAAACACGUAUUUUUAUGGUUCCCUCUAGGUCAGGAAUUCUAAGAGGACACAUGACCAAGCGUCACAUAAUGGAAGUAUUGUUCGUCAUGUCCCUGGUACUAAGGGGUCAGCCUCUUUCUCUUGUUAUACAUUACAGGCUAACAGUAUCAAAUGAUCGACUAAAAACUGAUUGAGAAGAGGAACUUGAUUUUAUUCACCUUACUGUUACUUCUGUUGAUUUUAGAUAUACGUCAGUACAUGUCAAAGUAGAUAACUGACUUUAUUAUUCAAAGUCUAGGCUUGUCCUUAUGUACUAAAGUUUAUUUCUACAGUGUUAAAAACCAGGGCAUUUGAUGUAUUUCCAUUGUUGCUUCAUUUGUAGGCCUUCACUUUUGUCUCUUAUCCAACUUUCAAUAAAAUAUGCAGUAAAAACUUAUUUUUUUUCUCUUCAAAAUAUCAGAGUUUUGGAGUUAAAAAGCUGAUUACAAGCAUCCAAACCAGUUCUAACAUCUUCAUAACUGCAGUCCAGCCCAGUCAAGCAGCGAAUGCUUAAAACUGUUUUGAUAGAGAAAUCGUUACUGGUAAUUUUUGACUCAUGUAGUCACUUUUUCUUGAACUUUUCCCAGUCUAAAUGCUGAUGUGGCGUGAAUAAUUGCUUCAGUUUUUUUUACUACACACUGUUAAGCUGCCACACUUUUGUCCUUUUAAAGGUUAGCAAUACGGUGUGUUUUGAAAGUUUUUUCCUGACAGAGGGUACAUCUGUGUCCACAACAGGGGCCCGAGAAAGGGUCGCUGUAUAUCAACAUAUGCAGCUGGAAACGUGUGCCUGCUCCUCAGGAUCCCAGCAGGCCUGUACCUGUGUACGCAGGGAAACUGGAAACAGACACGAGUGAAGGUCAAGGUAAAAGACAAAGCUGUGCCAUGUCAAAGGGACCAUUAACAGGCCUCUGUGGUACGUUUUGAGGCCCAAAGCAGAAAAAAAAUGUUUUUUACUCUUUUCUUUUUGCUUUGCAGGUUGUUACACUGUGUUGGAUGUGGCAUUCAACCCAGCAGUGCUGCAGGAAAGUCAGAAAGACAAAAAUGAGAUCUUUAUGCUAGCCUUGAGUUUUGCACAGCAGCAGCAUGGGAUGAAAUUAUCUCAGCGGUACAAUGUCGUCAGCUGUAGCCCAAAAAGUCAGUCAGAUGACCUGUAUCGCCGGCUCGGUUUCUGUCAGUGGCCCAACAACUUCAAACAACCAGACACAAGUACGGCCUUCAUUUUUUUCAUCAGCUGCUGAUCCGUCAAGUUGAGAGCGUUUUUCUGCAGUCCCUAAACCUUACAGUAGACUUCUUAAUAAUCAAUUGUUUUCAUCUACAGUGAGCCAGACCCCAGAGACCCUUUUACAGCAGAUCUCCUCUCUACGCUCAGAGACACAAGACCAGGAGCCAGCAGCUCAAAUUAUCCCCAGACCCACGGAGCACAAAAAGAAGGAUUUGAUCCAGGUCAUCUCCUCCACAUUUGUUCAGCCUCAGAAGCCAGAGUACCAACUCGAGGUGAAGGCUGAUACAGCAGGAGUUCCAUGCAGCGUGGAGCUGACAGUGGAGUUACCAAAGGUUUCCUCCAUGUCGGAGUGCCAGCUGAGUAUCUCUAAGGUUAGCGCCCGCACUCUCCCUUGAACAGUCAUAAUGAAUCCCUUUAAGGAGAAAAUGCAUGUGAAAAAUACCUAAUUGGACUGUUUCUACGUUUUUCACUCUCAUUUUGUGGUACAUGUGUUUUCUUCUGCAGGAUGAUGUCUUACUGGAAGUAGAGGAUGUUUACUAUCUACUCCUGGAAUUACCAACUAUUGUAAAUGAAGACACAGCAUCUGCCAUCUUUAACAAGAAGAGACGAAGACUUACUUUGAAGGUGGAUGUUUUAAAAUCCUAAUGGAGAACUAGGUGCACACAGAGGAGAUAACAUCUACUGGGAAGACUUUCAGACUCUUAAUUUACCUCAAAAAGAGCCCUGCAUGUGAAAGUCUCUGAACUGAUUUUUUUCCCCAAACCAAACAGUUUUUUACUAAAACAAAAUACUUCACUGUGCGCCUUCAUGUUGUGUGGGCUGAUGUGCACCGGCGAAUGUAAUUCCUAGCCCAAAAAAAACAUUAAUUGAGUUUAAUGACAAUCAGCUUUUGUUUACUAAUGUGUGGGUGUCAGAGUGGAGGUGCAUAAUGGCUAGGAGCUGGUGAACAGUGUCAUUACAGCGUGUACAGGGAGUAAUUGACAACAAACUGAUGCAUGCGAUAAUUCAUGUUUAUUAAAACAUCAAAAUUUAUGCAGAACAACAUCACUAUUUGGCAAUCUGGAACAUGUGGAAAGUGUUAGUGUACACUUUUAUUUGAAGGUUUGUCUAUUAUGCGCUGAUUACAGCUUUUUUUAGAGAGCAGAGUAUAUAUUAUUUCUGUGAAUCGCAAUCUGUUUCCAUCAUAAAUCAGUUUCAAGUAUCACAAUACUGACCAUUUAUAGGAAGUCCCAUAAAAUGAGAGCUGUAAACAACACGUAAUAUCCGCUCCUUCCAUAAAUAAAAGUGUGACUAAAAUGUCAAGUCAAAUUCUGAUGAAACAUUCAUUUUUAAAACAAAGCUUUGUACUGAAAUUGUGUUAGAUUUAUUGGUCCCAGUUAUGUGUAUUAUAACUUUUCUUUGUUAUGGCAUCACAAGUAUAUUUUAAGUAAA